UGCUCUCAGUUAUCGUAAAACCCUCACAAAACCUCACUCUACUUUUCGUCUUCUCCAAGCUUUCAACCAAAAAUAUCUCAUCACCUACAAUGGCGUCUUCUCUCGCUCUGAAGAGGCUGAUCUCGUCAUCCAACCUCAUCUCCAGGUCACUCCGUCCAUCGGCCGCCGCCGCCGUGUCUCAGCCGGCUUCCUACCGCCGCUUCAACACCAACGCCGUCCGCGAGUACGAGAGCGACGACCGCGACGUCGACGUCGAUCGCCGCCCCGAUCGCCGCAUCUUCUCCCCCUUCUCCGAUGCAUUUGGUCCUUUCCCCACAAGAAGCAGCCUAAGCCAAAUUCUGAACAUGAUGGAUAAAUUCAUGGAAUCGCCUGUGACUACGAGCAUUCGCCGGAACUGGGAUGCCAGAGAAACCGCCGAAGGUCUCCAUCUGCGUAUGGAUAUGCCGGGAUUCGGCAAAGAAGAUGUGAAAGUGUCGGUGGAGCAGAACACACUGGUAAUCAGAGGCGAGGGCAAGAAGGAAUUCGAGGAGGAGGAAGGCGGCGGAAGGAGGUACACUAGCAGGAUCGAUCUGCCGGAGAAACUGUACAAGACCAGUGAGAUUAAGGCGGAGAUUAAAAACGGCGUUCUGAAAGUGUUUGUGCCCAAGAUUAAGGAAGAAGAGAGGACUGAUGUUUUCCAUGUCAAUGUUGAGUGAAUGAAUGGUUUGGUUUUUUGAAGUUGGAGCCUUUUUUUGUUUUAGAUGGUUAGUCUUUUUUAGUUGAUGAAAUGAAAGCUUUUGUUAAAUGAAGUUUGAUGUUUUUAUCUUCUAUUGAGGAUUUAAUUAAGCUA